GUCAUUCCCCUUCGGCACUCCGAUUGUCCCUUCUCCAGAUACAGCUCUCCAAACCACAUCAUCAUAAUUUUAACAAAAACAAUAGACCAAAAAACGUUUUUUGUAAAGAAAACUUCAAUAAAAAACUCCGUAACAAGCGAUACAUCAUACAUCUUUACCCAACUAAUCCAUCAUUCAGUUUUAAACGCAAUAGAACAGACGCAAUUAAUUCCCUAAUUUCUCUAAACACAUUAUUGAAACGGAACAACAACAACAACUUAAACCUUAUCACAAAACCAAGAAAAUUAAAACAACUAAAUAUAUAUAACCCAACAUUUAAGUCGACCAACGAGAAAAAGCCACUAAAAAUCAAAUUUGAAACGAGAAAAUAAUCUACAACAACCGAAUGUGUUGCUAAAUUGAAAUCAAAAGUACAAAUUCGCAUAAAUUACAAAUACAAACUCCAACUCAAAUCGAAAUCACAAACAAUUUUACGCAGAAAAUACCAAUUUUUAAAUGAUUUAAGUAAGGGAUUGCGUGUAGUUUUAAAUAAAAUUGAAGCAGGCCACGAACCAACAAACUAUUAAUAUCUUUGUGUGUAUAUAUUUGAAUAGAUUUUUUAUUGUAUAGCUAGCUAACAUUGUAUACUAAGAAAUUUGUGCUUUUAGUCUAACAUAAGGUUACCAUUAAGGAUAAUCUUCCACAGCUACAAAAUACGUUCCCCGAAUGCUUACCCAAUAAACACUGACACCGGAACAUACAGUUUUCAAUACCACAUACCAUACAGCUAGCAUUUGAAAAAAAAAACAGGAUAUACAUACGAAGUUCUGAAAUCUUGGACAGAUAUAAAACUAAUAUAGAGAGCAAUACGUACAGUCAAAUUUAUCUCGUAUUCACUUAAUGCUACAAAAUAAGCCAUAAGCCACUACAAUAUCAUAUUUCAGUAAAAUAAACUAGACUUUGAAGUUGUAUUGUACAAAAUUAUAUAUUUUUAUAAGCCAUAAGCUUGAUAAUUAAUAUUAUUCGGCAAUAUAAAUAAGAGAGGUAUUGGGUAACAAAUUGUGAUGUUUAAAUCUACAAAAAUGUAAUGCUUAUAACGAACGAAAUGCGAAUAAAAUCGAAACCUAUUUAACUCCAUGUUUGGAGAGACGCUAAUGGAAAUUUGAGAGUUACACCGAAAAUAGGAAAUAUUAAUGAACUUUUAUAACCAAUAUACCGCGACACCGUAACGUGUGCCUUAGUCCGGCCUUAUGUUUAAAUAUGUUUCAACAAGACGUCAAAAAUAAUUGAUAUUAAAACUAACCAUAAACCAUAAACCAUAUUAACCAUAAGAAAAAUAAAGCAGAAUUAAGAUAUUCGAUGCACUGUUCUCGUUCGGUCAACUUUCAUCGAUUGCAUGGCACAGACACCACACAAUGAUCACAAGAGGAGCAUUACAAAUUUAAAGGAAGUGACAUGAUAUGAAAGCAAGAUGCUUUAGCCAAGCCCAAACCACUCACAAUUGGCUUCCCACGUCCAAGUUAGGGGUCGAAAGAAAAAUCCUUGUCGUUCGGGGCGAUUGGCCACAUCCAGUAAUCUGGGAUCACAUUGGUCUCCUCCCGGCUUACUUGCUCCUAAUAAUUCAGAUGGACGCCGCCGACUUCUGGCAGCAGGCACGAGGCCCGUUCGGCCUGCAAACGGCGCUUCAUCAAUACAAUUCGGCGCCGAAUCAACAGCAAACUGCCAACCACACACACUCCCUCCACCAGCAGGCCAUUCCCCAGGAGCACGAGCUGGUGUCCGAAGUGCACAUAGACGGCCCACCCUCCUCCGGGGGGGUCCAAGUGAACAGCAGCCCCCAUCCGCCUGCCAGCACCAAGGUCGAGCCCAGCCAUGUCCUGCAUUCGCAGCAGCACUCGGAGCAGCAGGCCUACGGGGGGAGCGACUCCUUCCGGGGUUCGCGGUCGCCGCAGCUUAGCACCCAUCACCUGCUGUUCAACGCGGCUGCAGCCGCCGCUGCGGCAGCCCACCUCAAGUCCACGGCCCUGCAGAACAACCUCCCGUCGAUGGGGGACCAGGCACAGUCCGCCCUCCGGACCUACGGCAACAGCUCGCUGAACGCCUUGUGUGGGAUCAAGCCCAAGCCGGAGACGGACGCCAAGCUGCCGCCGAGCCAGUCCCUCGAGGAGUGCCACCAGCCGCUGAUCCCCGCGCAGGCACAGCUCUCCUUCGCCGGCGACUUCUACGACGUGGGCGAGGCGACGGCCAGGGAAGCCGCCGAGGCGGAAAGGAAGGUACUGACGAUGGGAUCCAUCGACGAGUCGCACUCCAACCAGAAUCAGCAGAAUCAGCACUCAGUCCUGCACACUCCGCAAUGCAAGCUGACGUCCCCAGAAACGGGAGGCGGCUCGAAUUCUGGAACAGGACCCAGACCCGGGGCAACCAUGAUCGACAAGAGCUUGUCGCAGGGCCAGCAAUCUCCACAACCCUCCAGCACACCAUCCGGCGGCAGCACGACCCCCGACAUUAAAUAUAGCAACGAUAAAAUGGCCAGUGAAAUCCAGCUUCAGCUUUCCCGGUCGAGCAGCGCAGCCGCGAUCAGUGAACGCACCCUUGAAGAAUGUUGGUCAACCCUGCAACGACUUUUUAUGCACAAAAGCGCGAUGCAGCAAAUACAGCAGCAGAUCCCCCGCGUCGGACUAGGAACCCACGGAGUUGCCGGCACGGCUAACUUGAGUGGCGGCAUCACCUCCGGAUCGGACACCAAGCCGCACCAGUGCCAGCAGUGCAUGAAGAGCUUCUCCAGCAACCACCAGCUCGUGCAGCACAUCCGUGUCCACACUGGGGAGAAGCCUUACAAGUGCUCUUACUGUGAUCGUAGAUUUAAGCAGCUGUCGCACGUCCAGCAGCACACGCGCCUGCACACAGGAGAGCGGCCCUACAAAUGUCACCUGCCAGACUGUGGUAGAGCCUUCAUCCAGCUUUCGAAUCUGCAGCAACAUUUAAGAAACCACGACGCGCAGGUAGAACGUGCAAAGAAUCGCCCCUUCCACUGCAACAUUUGUGGCAAGGGAUUCGCCACCGAGUCCAGCCUGCGCACCCACACCUCCAAAGAGCUACAGCUGCAUCUUGGUGUCUUGCAGCAGCACGCCGCCCUAAUAGGUGGCCCCAACGCCACCUCCUGUCCAGUAUGCCACAAACUCUUCCUUGGCACCGAAGCUCUUGUGGAUCACAUGAAGCACGUUCAUAAGGACAAAAGUCCCCCACCUAGUGGAUCAGCCUUAUCUCAAUUUAACGAACCUAACAAUAGUUCUGCGGGAAGUGGAAGCGGAAUUGGAACUGGUCACGGAGUCGAGCAAGUCUCAACCACACAAUGCCUGCCUGAGUCCAACUGCGCACAAAACUCCGCCGGUGGAUCGAACCUGAUCGACAGCUACUUGAGCAAACGAAGGACAGCCAACCAUCCAUGCCCAGUCUGUGGAAAGCAUUAUGUCAACGAGGGAUCUCUGCGAAAACACUUGUCUUGCCAUGCCGAGACCUCCCAGUUAACGAACAGCCUUCGAAUGUGGCCCUGUAGCGUCUGCCAGGCGGUCUUUACACAUGAAAAUGGGCUUCUUACACACAUGGAGUCCAUGCGCAUGGAUCCAAAACAUCAGUUUGCGGCCCAGUACGUUCUGUCUCGAGCGGCAGCAGAACAGCGAGAGCGGGAAUCCCUCCUGGCGGUGACUUUAGCUGCCAGUAGUGGUACUGGCGGCAGAAUUGGAAUCGCAGACGCCGGAAACGUACUGCCUCUGGGCAUUCAAAACUCGGAGGGAUCCAACUCAAAGUGCCCUUCCCCUUUGGCAAACUCCGAGUGCUCCUCCAACGGCCGCUUAACGUCCUCAACAACAUCCGACCAAGAACCAGACGAUCAUGGCUUGAGCGAGAAUGAAAAUAGCAACCAGAACAACAUAAGCAGCGGCACGAACAACAACAACAACUGCCCAAACAACAACAACUCAAGCUCUAACAAAGUGACCGAUCUACGUCUUCCGAGUUCAGGCCAGUACACGAUGGACACGGAUCUGCACGUCGCCAACCGAAUGUCGCUGAUGGCAGCAGCUGCGGCGGCCGUUGCGGCAUCACGACCCCAGGAGCGGGUUGACUCCUCAACAGUGCCGAGUGCGGCGGUCCAAGCAGCUGUUGUGAAUCUGGCCGCUGCCAUGAGAAUGAACAAUUCUAGCAACGGCCCCACCGCCUACCAACAGCAUCAUGGUGACCACACACAGUCCCACCAACCACAUCCGCACCCACAUGGACAUCCGCACCAUCACCACCACCAGCAACAGCAGAUCCCGCAACACCAGCAGCAGCAGUUGUCCAACUUGCUAGCGCAUGGUCACCCAAGCAACACCUCACAACGUUCUCCAAAUUUAAAUGUGACCAGUUUACAGAGCGAACCAUCUACGGCCGCGUCGAUCGCAAUGAACAUGAACGUGCAUAUGAUGCGUGGUGCCCUCGAGCCGGACUCGGGCUUGGGAGGAAUGCAUCCAAUAGAAGUUAUCCACCAGCAACAGCAGCAGCACCACCAUCAACAAACGUCCACCUAUCCUCCGCCAACCACCCAGCAAGCCCACAUUCCACAUUCCCAGGCACAUCACACAUCGCAUCACCAUCCAGAUCCGGAGACAACGUUACGCCUGCAUCAAGCUGAAGCAAUCCUGCGCUCCCACACUGAAGCAGCUUUCCGACUGGCCACUGGGACUGGUCCCGGCCCUGGAGUAAAAAAGGAGACGGAUCAGCAGCAACUUAGCAGUAACGGCAAUGCCAGUAAUAGUGCUACCACCAGCAAUGAUCAGCAGCAUCGAUUUCUUUUGCAUCAGCAAGAGCACCAACUGCCGUCGAGCUCUUGAAGUUAGUCGAUUGAAUCCGCUGAGAUGGGUGUCGAUAUAGGAUAGAGAUACAGAAUCAAGUACAACGAUUUUUCUAUUGCGUCGAUUACAAUUAAAUCAAUAGGAUUCAAUAAAUAAGCCUAUAUUUAAUGUAUUUAUAAUUUAUGGACAAGGUAAUCAUGUAUGUAAAUGAGAUUAUGUUUGUUUGUAAGUUUAAGUAGGCAACAACGCCAACUAAGUUAGAAAACGACAACAUUCAUUGUGCAAUAUAUAAACUAACAUCAAUGUCGACAAAAACUAUAUGUAAAAACUUCCGUGUUAUGUUAACGUUUAUUAUAAGAGUAAAGAUAAAUACACGAAAUCAUUUUAAG